CAAUUAAAAGUCAAAACAAAAAUCAAAAUUCUUUGCAAAUUGCAACGGUUACCGCUGUUUUAUUUCAUGAAUUUAACUUUGUUUAUAUCGGUUUAUUACUUUAAAUGACUACAAUUUAAAAUACUAAUUAAUGUAUUUGUCGCCAGCAAGAUGUACAUUAAGUCUAUUGUGCUGGACGGCUUUAAAUCCUACGGAAAUCGUGUGGAAGUAACUGGCUUUGACCCCGAAUUUAACGCGAUCACGGGUUUAAAUGGCACAGGAAAGUCUAAUAUCCUGGAUUCGAUAUGCUUUGUGCUCGGAAUCACUAACCUUUCUAAUGUAAGGGCUGGAAGUCUACAAGAACUGAUAUACAAGCACGGCCAGGCUGGCAUUACGAAGGCGACAGUAAGCAUUACCUUUGACAAUAGAGACAAAGGCCAGUGCCCCAUCGGUUAUGAAAACCAUGAAGAGAUCACUGUUACAAGACAGGUAGUAAUGGGUGGCAAGAACAAGUACCUGAUCAAUGGAAUCAACGUGCAGAACAAGCGAGUGAGUGACUUGUUCUGCUCCGUGCAGCUCAACGUCAACAACCCACACUUCCUCAUCAUGCAGGGCCGCAUCACCAAAGUGCUCAACAUGAAGCCACCAGAGAUUCUUUCCAUGGUGGAGGAAGCAGCUGGUACUAGAAUGUAUGAGUCUAAAAAACAAGCUGCACAGAAAACUAUUGAGAAGAAAGAUGCCAAACUGCGAGAACUUAAUGAUAUUAUAAAGGAAGACAUAGCUCCCAAGCUGCAGAAGUUACAAGACGAGCGAACACAGUUCCAGGAAUAUCAGAAAGUCGUCCGAGAAUUAGAAAAUCUCUCCAGACUCUAUGUGGCUUGGAAGUAUGUGUCGGCUGAGGAAAGCACAAAGGAAGCUGCAAACAAAGUAAUAGAAGUGCAGGAGGAGAUUAAAUCUAAGAAGGAGACCAUCAAGUGCAACGAGAAAGAAGCUAAGGAGUUGGACAAACAAGUCAUCGAGAUUAAUAAGAAAAUUGAUGAGGAAAGCGGCAACGUACUGAAACAGCUAGAAAUGGAGUUACAAAGUAGCGAGAAGAGCGAAGCGAGCUUGGCGGCGGCGCACAAGGCCGCCAGGGACGCGCUCGCGACGCAGGAGAAGAAGGCGCGGCUGCUGGAGCGCGCGCUGGCCGACGACAACUCCGCGCUGGCCGACAAGAAGCAAGUGCUGGACCAGGUGUCGUCAACAUUCGAGAAGCUUCGCUCGGCCAGCGACGAGAGCGAGGCGGCGCUAGCGGAGGCGCAACAGAAGUUCCUCGCCGUCAGCUCGGGGUUGGAGGGCGCCUCCGAAUCCCUGCAGGACCAGCUCAUGGCGGCGAAACAGGAAGCGUCGGAAGCGUCGACGCGGAUCUCCCAGAGCAUGAUGGAGAAGAAGCACGCGGAAGAGAGACUCAAAGCCCUGCAGAAAGAGUUCAAGACCAGCAGCGCGCAGUACGAGCGGGACCGACUCAGCAUCGACAAGCACCAAGCAGAAGUGGACCAAGCACAGGCUCAGCUGUCAAACAUGAGUUUCAGUGAGGAUCGUAGUAGAGAGCUCAAAGACAUGGCUCGCUCGCUGCAAUCCGGCCUGAGAGGCAAGAGGGACAAGGCGGAUAGCUUAGCGGCUAGACUACAGCGAUGCGACUUCCACUACACGCCACCCGAACGCAACUUCGAUAAGAGCAGAGUUUUCGGGACAGUGUGCCGGCUGAUCGACGUGCCGGACUCCACGUACUGCACGGCGCUGGAGGAAGUGGCGGGCGGCAGACUAUACAACGUGGUGGUGGACACAGACGCGACCAGCAAGCUGCUGCUGCAGCGCGGCAACCUACAGACGCGCACCACCAUCAUACCGCUCAACAAGAUCUCCGGCUAUGUCAUACCGCGCUCCAAGGUCCAAGCCGCGCAGAAAAUCGCUGGUGGUGCGGACAAAGUGCAGCUAGCACUGGACCUGAUCUCUUUCGAAGACCACCUGCUGCCGGCCAUGAAGUACAUCUUCGGAAGCACCCUCAUAUGCAGCGACCUCAACACGGCCAAGCAAGUGACGUACCACCCCUCCGUGCGCUGUCGCUGCGUCACCCUGGACGGCGAUGUGUUCGACCCUUCCGGAGUAUUGUCGGGAGGAGCUAGGAAACAGGGUGGCUCAGUGCUCAUGCAGCUAGCGGAGCUGCGGCAGCUGGAGAACGAGCUGCGGCAGGCUGAAGCGCAGUUAGCCCAGUGCACCACCGAGCUGAACGCCAUGCAGCACGCCGCUGACAGAUACACCGCGCUGCAGCAGAAGUUAGAGAUGAGUAGCCACGCGCUGCGCGUGGCGCGCGAGCGCGUGGCGAGCACGCCGCACGCGCAGCUGCUGCAGGAGGUGGAGGCGCUCAACCAGCGCGUCGCGCAGCUGACGGCCGACGUGGAGCGCGACAAGAACACGCAGGCGGAGACGGCUGCUAAGGCUAGGGAGCUGGAGGCUAAAGUCAAGGAUAUCAAGGGACAUCGAGAGAGAGAGUUCAAAAAGGCAGAAGAAGCUCUGAAAAAGGCGAAAAAAGACGCAGAGCACCACAGCAAGUCGUGGAAGCAACGCGAACAGGAGUUCGAGACGCUGAGAUUAGAAGUGGAGGAGCUGGAGAAAGCGGUAGCGUCCAGCGAGAAGCAAUUACAGGAGACUGUGUUCAGUGCGGUGGAGUUACAGGCGGCGUUGCAGACGGCUAAGGAGGACCACAAUCAAGCUAGCGAAAUAGUGAAAGAGCUUCAUACAAAAAUCAAAAAGCAGAAGACAGAUAUAGCGAGUCGCAACACCGACAUAGCGCGACUGGUGCAGAAGAAGGAGCAGCUGGGCAAGCAGAACGACGAGCUGGAGCUGCAGAUUAAGGAGCUGGACUACAAGAUCAAAGAGCUGCAAACCGAGGCCACCGACUGUGAGAAGAGGAUAAAAAGCUUAGAGUCGGAGAACCCGUGGAUCACCUCCGAGCGGCAAUAUUUCGGUCUGGCGGGCGGCGCGUACGACUUCGCGGGCAAGCAGGCGCACGUGGCGGGCUCGCGCGUCACGCAGCUCAAGGAGCGGCGCGACAAGCUCGCUCGGGGACUCAACGCGCGAGCGCACACGCUGCUGGGCAAGGAGGAGGAACAGUUCCAAGACGUGAUGCGCAAAAAGAAUAUUGUGGAACAGGAUCGAGCUAAGCUGGUGCAAGUGAUGGCAGAGUUGGACGAGAAGAAGCGGAGAACUCUGACCACGGCGUGCGAACAGGUCACCAAGGACUUUGCCUCCAUCUUCAGUACCUUGUUGCCAGGAGCACAGGCGGAGUUGCGACCUCCGCCUGGACAGACCGUGCUUGAUGGUCUAGAGGUAAAGGUAGGCUUCAACAACACAUGGAAAGAAUCGCUGAGCGAGUUAUCCGGGGGUCAACGCUCGCUAGUAGCACUGUCGCUAGUACUGGCCAUGUUGUUGUUCAAGCCCGCGCCACUCUACAUCCUGGACGAAGUCGACGCUGCCCUGGAUCUGUCCCAUACGCAGAACAUCGGACAGAUGCUGAAAGAACACUUCAAACACUCACAGUUCAUAAUCGUGUCCCUGAAGGAAGGCAUGUUCAACAACGCCAACGUGCUGUUCCGCACGCGCUUCGUGGACGGCAUGUCGGCCGUGCAGCGAACUGUCAACGCCAAGACAUAACCAAUGUGCAUUUAAGGGCCGACUUUUCAAUCAUCAAAUAACUUAUCUGAGGGAUAAAUUUAAGGUAUUUUUUUAAAUAAAAAUAGCGAGCAAACGAGCAGGUGGGUCACCUGAUGUUAAGUGAUUACCGCCGCCCAUGAACAUUUGCAGUAUCAGAGGAACCGCCAAUGCGUUGCCGGCCUUUCAGGAAUUUGUUGAGGUUUGAUUUGUUGAAGUCUGUCAAACGUCAAAUUUAUUCUUCAUAUAAAAGUUAUUUGACGAUUGAAAAAUCGGGUCUAAUUAAUUUAUAGGUACCUAUUAGUUAAGGCCAAUAUAACGCGUCCAAACUAAGAAAGGCGAAAUUGUAUCCGCUAUAUUGUGAUGUCCUAGCUACAAAUAUACCUGAUUACUGCAAAGCCAAAAGGAAGGGUUAUGAUUUUAGCAGUUUAUGUAUGUUUAUUUGUAUAUGUGUGUUCCACCAUAGCGCCUAAACUACUGAGCCGAUUUUGAUAAACAAGGUGUCAAUCGAUUCGUUAUUAUGGUUCGAGUGACAUAGACUACAAUUUAUAGGAACGAAAUUAGUAUGACAGACGUUACAUCCAAAAAAGUGGCGAUUUUGUUUUGCUUUCGCAUAGAGUACUAUACUUAUAAAAUGAAUAAGGAAAAUUCUGAGUUCAUAAAUAUAAAUACUAUGUUAAAAUACACUGAGCGACAAAAAAACUAUUUUAUUUAUUUACAACUUUUAGUGCUGUUCAACUUUAUAUUGUCUUACAAAAUCCAUUGAAAAUAUUAUAUUAAAAGUAUAAUAAAUCAAAAUAUAAUAUUUCUGGCUAAGAUGUCGCAACAUGGCGGAAAUGAUUUAUUUCCCUUUGUUAGUUUGAACGCGUUAUACACAAUUUGCGAACGUACCUAGGAUUUUGUUUUAUUUUAUUUUAGGGUUAAAAUAAUGAAUUGUUAGCGUCACGCUGUACGGAAGGCGAUCAAAUAUUUUUAAUAGUAUAUAUUAGUAAAAUAUUUUUAAGUUAAAAAAUUGAAAAAUAAUUGUCGUUUAUCUCUUGUGACGUCAUUGAUGGCCUUCCGGAGUCCCGUACAGCGUGACGUUAGUAAUUAAUUAUGAUGAUUAAUUAAUUUGAUAAUUCCUUAGCGAUUCUCUGUGAAUAAAUAAAUAAAAUAUUUUUUAAAUA